AUGUUCAGAGUAAAUUUCACUGCAAAGUUAUCACGAACAAUAAAAACUCGCUGCUGGGUAUGCAGGGAAGGAAUUAAAAAGAACGACAUCAAUAUUCACAUUUAUCACAUGAACGGCUCCGAAAAUUAUCACCUGGAUUGCUAUACCCCAAAAGUUAAGCAAUAUAUCUGUGAAAGCGAUAUAUCGGUUUAUUUAAAAGAUGAAGAUGCUAAAAAGUUUUAUGCGUGGCUUGAGAAAUGGAACCAAAAUUAUGCUCCUAUUGACAAGCCUUAUCAUGCUCCUCUUAAUCUGAUUAAACAAGUAGAAUCAACUCCAUCGAAAUAUAGAAGAGCUUGGAUAGAAGUUUUUAGGUUUAUUUCUCCCUGAGAGGUCUCUAGAACUCUUACGUUAGUUUGCAGGGAGUUUUAUCAUAUCACAUGAGAUGAAGAACUUUGGCAUUUUUACUAUGUAAAAGAAUUUAAUGAUCCUGAAGAGCAAUGCUCGAAGUGAAAGGAUAAAUAUAUAUCAAUGGCUUUUCAAUGGGGAAACCUUCUAUGGUAUUUUAGAGCCAUUUUUAUAUAAAAAAUAAUAGCUAUUUUUAAAUUCAGCAAUUAAAAAAUUCUGCAAUUUUUUAAGGGUAAAAAUUAUUUUAGAUUUUUUUUAUUUUUUUACCUUUUCAGGGUUGCAUCGGGUGUCAUAAAAUACUUACUGAUCAAAACUUUUAUAGAUGCCCAAUGCUAAAAAAACCACUUUGCUGGAACUGCAGGGAAAAAACUCAUAAAUUUCGGCUACUAAAUAAGUCAGAUAUUAAGCUAAAAUACGGGGUAAAUGCAAAUUUAUUAAAUUUAAAAUUUCACGAAGGAAGCUGAAACACAAAAAAAAGUUAUACUUUUAUGGUUAAAAAGGCUCUAGACGAGUAUCAUAAUUUAAAUAAGCAAAAGCUACUUAAAAAAUUUGAAAAAGAUCCGGAUUAUAAUGAAUUGAAAGAGAUUGCUGACUCAAUUAAUAUUCGCAAAAUCCACAAAGAAAUACUCCCUGAUGAAAAAUUUAUUGCAAAUCCUUUUUAUCAUUGCUUUGAUAAAAUUUUGAAGUAUAUUAGAAAUAAAGAAGGAGGCUUCAAAGAUAUCAAGCCAUUAAAUAAUUAA